UUUAGGUCAAUCCAAAUUUGUUGGUUCAAAUUCAAAUCUAUAUUGGUUGGUUUCCCCUUCAUCCAUUCAAUUAUUUUUUCCAAUAAUGUUUUGUUUACUUGUGAAUUCAUUUUAUCUUAUUAUAUAGAAAUGAUGUAUAGACAAGCACUUAUAUGAUAAUGACUUACCUUACAAGCCUUAAAUUAAGUUGUUUAUCGAAACAUACCCUAUAUAUACUCACACAUAAUCACAUAUGUAAUUGGCUUGUGGAUGACAUAUGGUUUUUCUUUUUCACUAGGUUGAAAAAUUUGAAGCCUUUCAAGAUGUUAUUGACUAGUAAUCCUGAAAAAACAAUAGCAUUCAACCGAAAGAUUCAUGACGGCAAUCUUGUUAUUGUUUACGUAAAACAUGGCAAUAUGAAAGCUGUAACAGUGUCUGAGGGUUCAGUCUUUCAGAACUCUUUAGGUGCUUUUAAACAUUCUGAUUGGAUUGGAAAGCCUUUUGGCUCUAAAGUAUUCAACAAUAAGGGUGAUUUUGUUUACUUGUUAGCUCCCACACCAGAAUUAUGGACUCUAGUGUUAAAUCACAGGACUCAAAUUCUCUAUAUUCCUGAUAUUAGUUUUGUUAUCAUGUACUUGGAAAUUGUUGCUGGUUGUUUGGUUCUUGAAUCUGGAACUGGUAGUGGAUCUUUGACUACUUCACUUGCUAGGGCAAUUGCGCCGAACGGACAUGUUUAUACAUUUGAUUUUCAUGAACAAAGAGCGGCAUCAGCUAGGGAUGAUUUUGAGAGAAUAGGUUUAAGCAGUUUAAUCAGUUGUGGAGUUAGGGACAUUCAGGGUGAGGGAUUUCCUGAUGAAUUAAAUGAAUUGGCUGAUUCUGUAUUUUUGGAUCUACCUCAACCUUGGUUGGCUAUUCCUUCAGCUGCAAAAAUGCUUAAACAAGAUGGCACAUUUUGCUCGUUCUCUCCGUGUAUCGAACAAGUACAACGAUCAUGUGAUGCACUUCAGUCCUGCUUCACAGAUAUAAGGACAUUUGAGGUACUGUUACGCACAUAUGAAGUUCGAGAAGUGAAAACGAAAAGCUUUCAUGGAGAUGACAAUGGUUCUCUUCCUUGCAAGAGAAGACAGUGUUCAGAUGGAAACUAUGUUCUCAGCAAUCCUACUUCUUCUGUCAUGGCUAGACCUUGUGAUGAGGCUAGAGGACACACAGGCUAUUUGACAUUUGCAAGACUUAAAUGCUUUUCAUGACCAAGUGCUUCAAUCAUGUCCUUCAUUUUUAUUUUUUUUUGUAGCAGAGAAGAAACCUUGUAUAUUUUGUACCAUUUAUCAAUUUGAGCAUCAUGCAAGAAAUUGAUAUUGGUCGUUUUAACUUUUAAUUAUAAGUUUUGAAAGGAAUUUUUGGUAUGCCACAAGUGCUUGGCUACAAAUAUGCCUGAGUCUGAGAAAAGGAAUUUUUUGUAUGCCACAAGUGCUUGGCUACAAAUAUGCCUGAGUCUGAGAAAGCACUAAAGUGCAAAAAUUAUUUGCACAAAUAUAGACAUUCCACAAUUAACUUUUUUCAUUUUCCAUGUAUUUUUACUGGCAAGGUGAUUGAUUUAUGUUAUUAAUACUUUCUUGAUACUAUAACCCACU